AUGUCGGCUUCCAAUGCCCAUGGAGACGCUGCUGUGACUCCGGCCGAAACCCCGGGGCCGACAACCGCAGGUCCGCCAGCUUCGGUAACCCGCAAAGCCCGUCGGUAUGGGUUCGCAUGCUUCUGCUGCAAGUCCCGCAAGGUCAAGUGUAGCGGCCACCGGCCCGUUUGUAUGGGAUGUCGCCGGUCCGGCGACGACUGUAUUUGGCCAACACAAACUUCCAACGAGGGCCGACUCCGUGAUGCCAAUGCUCGCAUCCGGAGCCUCGAGGCAUCAUUAAGCAAUCCCGAGCCUGAAGCAUCGGAAUCUCCUGAUCAAAUACCGGGUCCGGAAUCAACCUACACGCCACGAACGAACAGUACAUCUCUUCGCAGCCAUGAACGCUCCAACGACGGCGCUCGGCCCGGUGCCGGUGCAGAUCCCGAAGCCGAUAGCUCACUUUGGUUUCAAGUCGGCAUCGGCGAAGACGGCGCCGUCAUUUACAACGGCCCCACUAGUCGAUUCCACGCAGGAUCUCUCGGGGAAAACAAUCUCGCAGAUGAGAUCGAUCCAAGGCGUGACCAGAUUGAAACUCUGCAAUCCCAGUACGCUCUGAUGGAUUCAGUCUGGCUACCUUUGAUUGCAGCAAAACCAGUCACGAAUGGAACCGGAGUGGACACUAACAUAGGGAUGGCUCUGCUUGAUAUCUACUGGUCUUGGCUACAUCCACUUCAUAGCUGCGUGUAUCGGCCAAUUCUCAUGAUGGACCUGGCUCUAGGUGGCCCCUACUGCUCUGAUUUUUUACUGCUGUGUAUUUUUGGGUUGGCGGCACGACAUCUCCCUGAACAGUACCCAAACCUAUCAGGUGUUGGAAAAGGCGAGCACUUCAUUUCUCGGGCGAGGGAGCUAUUGUUGGAAGAAAUGACGGCCACAAAACCAUCCAUUGCUACGAUUCAAGGACUUUUGAUCCUUGGAGGAAGACAGAGCGCCAUGGGGAAGAGCUCCGAAGGCUGGCUUUAUACGGGCAUGGCAGUCCGAAUGAUGAAAGAUAUCGGACUGCAUCUUGAUAUCACUAAGCUCUCUAGACUGGAACGAUGGACGGCCGCUGAGACGGAGACCCGUAAACGGCUAUACAACUCUGCCUACAUAUGGGAUAAGACGUUGAGUCUGGCCCUGGGCCGUCCGCCAUCGUUGACAAGACGGCCGUACGCAGCUCGAGAUAUACUGGACAAGGUCGAUGACCAACGGCUUUGGAAACCUGUUCAUGCCACUGAGGUAUCCGAGAAUUUUGUCGCUUCACCAUCUUGGACAACGUCAACCUUUUGUGCUUUUUGUCAUCUCCACGAAGUCACUACGGACAUGAUGCUACUAUUUUCUACUGUUCCUCGGGAUGAUGAGUUCACUACGCAGAUCGAGGAGCUUGUUAGUAGAAUUCGAGAGUGGUACGAGAACCUACCAGAGAGUUUGAAAAUUGGUGACAUUACUGGUUCGCAACAAAGCCCGCCGCCUCACAUUGUCUCACUAAAGUCUCUUAUAUCACGCCCUCCAUAUACUUCUCAGACGUCCUUAUCUUAG